GGCCCUCUCAGUGUGUCUUUGUAAAACCUAUCAGCCCUCGUUCCUCCUGCACAAUGGCCGUGGUGGCAGACAAUGGCCUCACUGAUGGGAUGUCGAGGACGGUGGUUCAGAACCUUAAGACGCUCUACAUGGACCUGCUAAGGCCCAUCGAAUUAGAGAGUUCCUUUGGGCACUUCAAUGAUGCGGUGCUCACAGUCUCGGAGUUGGAGGCACGGCCUCAAGUGCUCCUCAUCGGACAGUACAGUACGGGCAAGACCUCGCUGAUCAAAUGGGUCACCGGAAUCAACAGCGCCUUCUUCGACAUCCGCCCGCAGCCGAGCACCGACAAGUUCAUGGCUGUGGUCCAUGGAGAUGAGGAGAAGGUCAUAAAUGGUGAUGCGGCUACUUGCUUGCCAAAGUUGCCUUACAGUGGCUUGUCUCGCUUCGGCUCAUCAUUUCUCAGCAAGUUUCAGGUUCUGGUGGAGGAUGCUGACAUUCUCAAGCAGAUCACUUUCAUGGAUACACCAGGGGUGCUGUCAGGCGACAAGCAGCGCAUCAGCAGAGGGUACGACUUCAUGAAGGUGUGUAGGUGGCUGGCGUCAAGGUCUGAUUUGAUCCUUCUACUCUUCGAUGCUCACAAGUUGGACAUUUCGGAUGAGUUCAAGGAAGUGAUUGAGUCCAUCAAAGGCGAUGGCGACAAGUGCCGAUGUGUAUUGAAUAAAGCUGAUGAGAUCGAUGGUGAGAACCUGGUGAAGGUUUAUGGAGCCCUCAUGUGGAAUUUAGGGAAGAUUCUUCAAACACCAGAGGUGGCAAGAAUGUACGUGGGUUCUUUCUGGGAUGAGGACUACAAAUGCAAGGACCUGGAGAGGCUGCUCAAUCAGGACCGCAAGGACCUUGUCCAAGAGCUCAAGGACCUGCCUCGGAACGUUUGUGUGCGCCGGGUCAACGAGGUGGUGGCGCGGGCGCGGGCAGUGAAGGUCCACUUGGCCUUGUGCUGCGCUCUUCGGGCCCGCCUCCCAUCAUUGGGAUGGUGUGGGCGGCGCCAGCGACGGCAGCGCUGGUUGACGGAACAUUUGCCGGAGGUUUAUGCUGAGGUCAUGAAAGAGUAUGAGUUUGCUGCUGGAGAUAUGCCGGCUUUGGAGCACUUCAAGGAGCGUUUGCGUGGCUUCAAAGACUUCCGAAGCUUCCAGAGGUCCUGCAGGAGCCAGCAGGAGACCUUGAACAAGCUGAUCCACCAUGAGAUCCCUCGACUGAUGGCCCUGGUGGGUGGCGUCUCUGCAUCAGACCUUGGACACAAGGCAAAUGGAACCUGCGCAAUCAGCUCGCAUGACUUUGCGCCUGAAGGCCUCAAUGGCAAAGGAAGGGGUGAACCAGGGAGAGGAUGGUGCUGCUGGCUCCUUGUGAUCCUCCUGUUGGUCGUCAAAUCUUUUAGCCGUCCGGACUACUCACUGGACCACUCCACUGGCAGACCAAGUUUGAGCUUGUCACGGCUGCUAUUGAAUUGUCAUCCAAAGUGCUAGGAUGUGGAGGGAGAGGUGCGUGUGGCCGUGGAACAAAAGUUGGGUCGAACCUCUUUGUCCUGGCUCAGAGGGCUGCACGUGCCAAAUCUGCCCUGGCUUCAAGAAGUGACGGAUGAACUUUGACUGAGCACCUACCUCUGUGGUUGAGGAUUGCGGUGGCGGCCGUUAGGCAAUUCGAUCUCAGCACUGCCUCAGCUGAGGAGGGAACUGUGAGGGAGGCACACAUUUUAAACCAACUUGCCGGCUUGCCCGGCUUUGCCUUUGAUGCAUUUGAUUGAGC